CUUUCAAGUGAAGUGAACAACAAAACGACGACAAAAAAAAGAAACACUCUCAGUCUCUGUAAACCCUAAACGACCCUAAACCCAAUUCGUGCUUUUCCGAUGGCGAGCCUUCGAUGCCUUCGCGAGCUACGCCGCCGCGCCACGACGGUCCUCUCGAUCAACCAGACGCGAUUGAUCUCUUCACAUCCGAGCUUAGAGCCUUUUUGUACCAUCAUUUCUCAUGCGACCCCAAUUCCGAAUCGAUCUCUCACUAGAGAUCUCCCAUGGUACACUCGUUCCCAAGGUCGCCUCUUGUCUUCGAAAACAAACGAUACUGAUGAAAGCAGCGGAGGAGAAGAUGAUGACGACGAUGAUGAGGAGGAGUACGAGGAUUCGGCGGAGAUGGAAGUAGAAAGGGAGUAUUCACCGGCGGAGAAAGUGGAAGCCGCGGCGGAGAUAGGGUACAAGGUGAUGGGUCCUCUCAAACCUUCGGAGAGACUAUUCAAACCCUAUGAACCAGUGUUCGCGGUUGUUCAGAUUGGCUCGCAUCAGUUCAAAGUAAGCAACGGAGACUCUAUUUUCACGGAGAAGUUGAAGUUCUGUGACAUCAAUGAUAAGUUGGUACUGACUAAGGUGCUUCUACUGGGCUCGGCAAGCCAGACGAUUAUUGGUAGGCCUAUCUUGCCUGAUGCUACUGUUCAUGCUGUUGUGGAAGAACAUGCAUUGGAUGAAAAAGUGCUAAUUUUCAAAAAGAAACGAAGGAAGAAUUAUAGGAGAACCACAGGACAUCGACAGGAAUUGACAAAGUUGAGAAUAACCGAUAUACAAGGAAUUGAGAAACCAGAGACGCCCAUUGUCCAUAAGCCUUCCAAGCCAGCUGAUACAGAGCAACCAGAGCCCGAGCUAGUUGGUUAGAGAGAAGAAUCGCUUCUUUUUUUUCUUUUGUUGCUGAUGCCAAUACUUCGAAUUAAGUUCAUCAAACAGUUGCCGAUUUGGGCUUCACCUUUUCUGAAGUUUUUUACAACUAGUAGCUGAAAAGGCUUUCUUUGUAGUUAAUGGCAAUGUUGAUACUAAGAUAUGAACUUGAGUACCUUUAGGCUAUAUAGUUCACCCUCUUAUGUUUGA